GGAAUUGCAAGAAAGUUGGCAUCAUCUGGAUAUGCUUUUUUUGCUAUGGAUUAUCCAGGAUGUGGUCUUUCUGAAGGUCUCCAUGGCUAUAUCCCCAGCUUUGACAGGCUAGUUGACGAUGUUAUAGAACAUUACUCCAAAGUCAAAGAGAAGCCAGAGUUUCGUACUCUACCUAGCUUCCUAUUUGGACAGUCGUUGGGUGGGGCUGUUGCUCUGAAGGUGCAUUUAAAGCAACCCAAUGCAUGGAAUGGUGCCAUUCUUGUAGCUCCUAUGUGCAAAAUUGCGGACAACAUGACUCCACCAUGGUUAGUGACACAAAUGUUGAUCGGUGUGGCUAAUUUUCUUCCAAAGCACAAGUUAGUUCCACAAAAGGAUUUGGCUGAGGCUGCUUUUAGGGAUCCAAAUCACAGAAAACUGGCAGCCUAUAAUGUCAUUGUAUACAAGGACAAGCCUCGCUUGAAGACUGCACUAGAGAUGCUCAGAACCACUCAAGAAAUAGAACGUCGACUAGAAGAAGUCUCUCUACCACUAUUAAUUCUUCAUGGAGAGGCUGACACUGUAACUGAUCCAUCCGUGAGCAAGGCUUUGCAUGAGAAAGCAUGCUGCUCGGACAAGAAAUUAAAGUUAUACAAGGAUGCUUAUCAUGCUCUCCUGGAAGGCGAGUCAGAUGAAAUGAUAAUCCAAGUUUUCAAUGACAUCAUUUCUUGGCUUGAUGAACGUAGCAGAGAAACUAAUUCUUGCUGAGGGUAUUGUCUUGGCCCUCGCGUUUGUUCACAAAUAAGAUAAGAGGGAGGGUGAGUAUUUUCAUUGUUUUAAGUGAGAAUAAAUAAAUAAAUAAAUAAAUAACAAAGGGCUGCCAUUAAAUUUGCGCAAAAUCUCUAUUGUAUUAAUUCUUUAACAAAGGGCUGCAAUUAUUAACCUUGUAAGU